CGAUCCUGGCUUGGAACGCGAAUUUUACUUGUUUCUUUCGGGACUUUAGCCCUAAAAAUCGUAUAAAACCGAUCUAUUGUGAAUAUUUCUCAGUGAUCCACACUGCAUCCAUUGGGCAUUGAGUGGAAAUUCCCUGGCAGAAUUGUGUUUAGUCGAAUUCCGAUCAGAAAAGUAGUGCGGCAUUUGUCGGUUGAUUCGGGAGUUAGCUUCAUAACAGCUUUCAACGAAAGAGAGGAUCCAUCCACGGAAAAGCGAUGGAGCACAAUCGCAACGAAAACACCGGUCCCGGUGAAAAUGCCGACAAUAGUCUGACUUCUGGCACCAUCCCAAAGCGGCUGAGUUUCGAUUACAUGAACGCAUCUUUCGAGAUAAGUCGGAAGAAGCGUAAACUGUACGAAAUGAAUGAUAUCUCAAUGGAUGUGAGUCAUUCCACCGGGGAGGAUAACGCAAGUCAGGAGUCGUUGACGGGGUCGCAUUGCUCGAUGGCAGUGCAGAGUCCCUGGGAGACGCGGCGGAUGAAGGCGGAUCUGAUUGAAGCGCGGUCCAGGGUAACGAUGCUGAAGAAAGAGAUCGAACACCAGAACACGGAGAUGGCGACGUCGCAGCUUAAGAAUCAGCACAAAAUUUCAUCCUUGGAGAAGGAGCUGAGUCACAGCGUGAAGAAAGUGUCUGACCUUGAGAAGCAUCUGUCGGCUGUUCGUAAACGUGAGCAGUCAGCGAAAGAAGAGCUGGUUAAGACGAAGAAUCAGUUUAACAUUCUCAAGCAGUCCAGUGACGACCAGUUGUAUGAGCUUAGACGGGCUUUGAAGGAUUUGGAACAGAAGUACAACUUUGAGACGGGAGAGCUCCAUUCGGAGGUGCGGGAUUUAAACCAUCAAAUGCUGGAUCUUGAAGAUCAACUAUCGAUGACCCAAGAAGAGUUAGAUACUUAUAAGGAGCUAACUGAAACGCUGCAGUCGAAGGCGAAUUCGUUUGAUGCUACCAGCAAAGAGCUGGAUGAGGUUAAGGAAAGGCUUUGUGAAACCGAAUCCAAAAUCAAAUCGUUGGAAUAUGAGAUCGGCAGUUAUGAAGAUUGGAAAAACCUGUCGAAGGUGAGCACUUCUCGUUUGGCGAACUACGCUGAGUUGGAGAAGGAGAACGUUCGUUUGAAGGAGGAAUCGAAAAAUCUGCAUGGCAUAAUUGGUAACAAAAUGUUGCUGGAAGAGCAGGUGGCCAGUUUGAAAAGUCGGUUGGAGAAUUUCGAGAAGAACGAAGUGGAUGCCGCUGCUUUGACCGUUAAGGUAAAGGAAGUGGAGCAGGAACUGGCAGACUGGCGCAAGCUGGCGGUUGAUUUUUGCCCCAAGAAGUCGGCAUGUACUCCGAUUGUGUUGCGAUCUCACAUCGAGCAAAUUUUGCAGAAGGAUGUAAUUUUAACUAGCGAGAAAUCCUCGGUCAAAAACGAAAAGAAUCAGAUUCAGGCUGCGAUUGACGAGACGAAGGGGGAGAAUGGACAGCUCCAAAAACAGCUGGAAGACCUUAAACGUUCGCUGAAGCAUCAUCAGACAAUAUUGCAUCGAGUGCAGAAGAAGCUGCAUCUGGUAGUUGGCGAGAGAGACUGCUGGAAGCAACUGUUGGACAGCUAUGAGAAGGAUUUGACAAUCAACCCAACUAACGUGAGCAAUCAGGAAGUUCAGAUGCGCACUCGAAUUGAAAUGUUGGAAAAGCAGUUGGUCGGAUAUCGCGAGCUCAACUCCAAACUGGAAGGUGAACUGCAAUCGUCCAAAUGCAUGCCCGAUAUGAGUAUGGACUCGGCUCUAACCAGCGAACAGUACGAAAAGCUUCGUCGAGAGAUCGAUUCGCUCCGAUUGGACAAUGAAAGAUUGAACAGGCGCAAGGACGAACUGGAACUUGAGUUGGAAAAUGUCACCCUCCGAGCGGAAAUCAACCGGGAUCGCUACAAGGUGGUUCAGUAUACCGACAGCCCCGCUAACGAGGCUUACGAAGCGCACAGGAAUGAAAUAGAAAAACUCCAAGCGGAAAUCGAACGGCUCAAGAUGCGCAAUCGAAGGCUCGAGGAAGGAAACGAGGAGCUCACGAUGCGUCUUAACGACACCAACAUGACGAUGAACGUGAUGGAAGUGAACAAUCUAAAAGCGCAAGUCCAGUCGCUUGAAGCGAAGAAUCAGCACAUCAAGGAAAUCUACAAAUCCGCCAGCAAUGAGUUCCGUGAGGUAUGCUACAUGCUAUUCGGCUAUCGCGUCGAUCGGGUCGGCAACACCAACUAUCGGAUUUCCAGCAUGUACGCCGAAAGCGAGGAAGAGUACCUCAACUUCCGGUUGAACGAAUCCGGCACGGUCCUCAACAUGCUGGAGACGGCGUACAGCGAAUCGAUUUCCGACAUGGUAACAACUCACCUGGGAACGCAUGGCUCACUACCGGCCUUCCUAAGCACCCUCACCAUGGACCUGUUCAAUCGAACAACGGUCAUGGUGCAAGGUUGAGCUCAAUUACGACGUACGACUACUUUAGAGGUAGGGUCAUUUGGUAAAUACUUUCCACUCUUCGAUGUAGAUAUUCCGUCGCAUAUGGAGUGAAUUUGAAAUACAGAAAAGUUGCACUGAGCAUAUAUUAGCGCACUUUAAGAAAAAUCGCCAUCAACAGCGAUUACAUCAAUAAUAAACCUAACUUAUCCAGAAGGAUUUUCGGA